AUGGCCAAGUCGCACCUGCUGCCAUGGCUGCUGCUGCUGCCCACACUCUGUGGCCCAGGCACUGAAGCUGUCGGGACCACCUCAUCCGUGGCCUGUACCCAGGGCCCCAAAUUCUGGUGCCAAAGCCUGGAGCAAGCACUGCAGUGCAGAACCCUGGGGUACUGCCUACAGGAAGUCUGGGGAAAUGCGGAAGCCGAUGACCUGUGCCAGGAAUGUGAGACCAUCGUUCCGCUCCUCAUCAAGAUGACCAAGGAGGUCAUUUUCCAGAACACGAUGCGGAAGUUCCUGGAGCGUGAGUGUGACAACCUCCCCUUGAAGCUGCUCGUGCCCCAGUGCCACCAAAUCCUCGACUUCUACUUCCCGCUGGUCGUCAGCUACUUCCAGGACCGCAUUAACACAAAGGCCAUCUGCGAGCACCUGGGCCUGUGCACAACCAGGUUUCCAGAGCCAGGGCAGGAGCCAGAGCAGCUGGACCCUCUGCUGGACAAGAUGGUCCUCCCCCUGCAGACUGUUGCCCUCCAGUCACAGCCCGGGCCUCACACACAGGAUCUCUCUGAGCAGCGGUUCCCCAUCCCCCUCCCCUUCUGCUGGCUCUGUCGUACUCUGAUCAAGCGGAUCCAAUCUGUGGUUCCCAAGGGUGUGCUGGGCAUGGCUGUGGCCCAGGUGUGCCACGUGGUGCCCAUGGUGGUGGGCGGUAUCUGCCAGUGCCUGGCUGAGCGCUACACUGUCAUUCUGCUCGAGGCGCUGCUGGGCCGCGUGCUACCCCAGGUGGUCUGUGGCCUCAUCCUCCGGUGUUCCAGCGAGGAUGGCGCUGGCCUAGCCCUCGCUCCUCUGCAGUCCCCGUCAAGAGAUUGGCUACCUCAAGACUCCUCGUGCCGCCUCUGCAUGCUUGUGGCCACCCAGGCAGGGAACAGCAGCGAGCAGGCCAUGCCCCAGGCCAUUCCCCAGGCAAUCCACCUGGCCUGCCUCGGCUCCUGGCUGAACAGGCCAAAGUGUGAGCAGUUUGCAGAUCAGCACAUGCCCCAGCUGCAGACCCUAGUGUCCAAGGGCUGGGAUGCCUACUCUGCCUGCCAGGUCCUGGGGGCAUGUAAGACCACAGAGAGCCCUCUCCAGUGUGCCCACAGCUCCCAUUUCUGACGAGAACUCAAAGUCCUUCCAGCCAUUUCCGUCUUCUCCGGGUGUGAGGGCAACAGUACAAUGUCUACUGGAGGUC